CCGCCUAACUGAUUUUCCCGCAAAGUCCUGCCCACACACACCUCCCUCCUCCUGUUGAUGAUGUUCCUACGCCACACACUCUUACCGCUCGGUAGUUGGUGAGCGCUGGAGAGAGCUGAGACGAGAAACUGAGUUUCUUUAGGGGAAAAAAAGGCGUAUUAACCUGUUUUCGGCGUCCCAGGAACUUUGGCCUGAUGAUAUAGUGCCUUUGGAAGGAGUGUAAAUCUGACACUUUCGCCGCCACAUGUGUGCGUGAACAAACACAACUCUGGAUGAAAAGCCGGCUAAACGAAAUGGGUCCGUUGGCAGCGCUGCUGUGGAUUUCACAUUACGCGGGACUUUUUCUUCAGCUGAACGCGAGUGGGGAUGUGGAGGGUGACAACCAUGUAUCUGGUAACGCUCUUUUCACAGAAGUUCCUCAUGACAUCAUCAGUCAGACUGGUCAGGAUGUGGAGAUGGCAUGCUCCUUCAGGGGUGCAGGCUCUUCUUCAGUCUCGUUGGAGAUCCAGUGGUGGUAUUUGCAGUACCAUAGGGAAUGGUCUGAGAAAGCUGCCUGGACAACCAAUCAGGUCGUUCCCAUUGAGGAAUUGACGAGGGAUGCUACUAAAAUAAGUGUGGUGAAGGUGGCUGGCAGCAACAUCUCUCACCGGCUUCGCCUGUCAAACGUUAAACCUUCAGACGAAGGCAUGUAUGAAUGUAGAGUGAUCGACUUCAGCAACAACCGCAUACAGCACUACAGAGUGCGAGCUUACUUGCAGGUACAGCCACCAGGCCCUGACUCACAGCUCCACCAGGAAGAAAUCCUGCACAGCAAAGAGAAGAAUCUUCAUCAUGGGAAACAUCAUUUGCACAAGGGGGACAGUCAGGUCAGAGUAAGAGAUAAGCACAAUAACAGAGACCAAGAGCUGCAACAUGAAGACUAUAUGCUUCAUCAGAUUGAUCAUCACAAGAGUCAUCAUGGGCUUCAGGCAAAUGAAGGAGGGAAGAAGGACUCGCCUUCUGCUCUACAUCACGGAGAUCAUAACCUAAGGGAGCAUCAACAUCUCCAUGAAGGGAAUAACCAUCAGGUGAACAAACACAUACAGUCAAGCAAGAAGAGGGAAACAAAAAGUCACCAGUCAGAUGUGAAAGGGCAUAAAGAACAUGCUACAGAGUUGCAUUCCAAUGACUGUUCAACCAAUGACUGUAUGCUCUAGAGCAGUACAGAGGAAAAACAAGCAAACAAAAAGAGAAAAUAGGAAAUAAAGACACUUUUCUAAGUGUUGCAAAAGAAAGGACAAAGAAGUAGAAGAGAAUGAAGGGAAAGUCAGUGAAAGUUGUGCAUGUAAAUGCAUUAUCAUAAGAAUGUUCAUUAAUUUCAAAGAGAAAUGUUGAAGUUUUUUUUGUACCAAAAGUGUUAAAACAGCAGUAAAUGAUCUGCAAGAAAAACAUUAACUAUCAAAAUCUGAAAAAGAUGGUGCAAAUACAAAAUAAUAAGAAUACAAUAAGACUAAAUUGCUAAAAUAAGAUUAAAUUACAGUUAGUAUUUCAAAAGUUUGCGCUUCUGGAAUUUUUUCGUUUAUUUUGACUUCAAGCACACUUUUUUCACAGGUGGGUCUUAGAAGAAGGAAAAACGUUUAAGUACCUAUUGGCCAACUAGAAUUUACCAGAGUGACUGGUAAAAUAAUCAAGAAUAGCCAAUUAAUCAUUACCAGUUGAUAUCAGUUACAUUUGCAGUAGCCUAUAUAGAUAUAACGCAUAUAAGUACAUGCUAGCUAUAAUGUGAUAUCAUCCUAUUUAGCUGCUUUUUACCAUGUGAUAACUUCAUAGCAUGGAGCAGUUUAAUUAUUUAUCAACCAUUAUACCACAGCGCUAUUGAAUUCUUUAAUCUAGUUGGUCAGAAGGUGUUCAGGAAUCACACAGGACAGACCAUGCUAUUAUAUGAAAAUUAUACAUGCUGGGGUGAUGUGAUACAAUCUGAUGCGAAGCGGAAUUGGAUUAUUUUCACUUACACCAGAGAAAUUUGCCAACAAUUACCAAUUUAUUUUAUUAAUCAAUUUAAUUUAUUAAUAAACAGUGUCAUUUAUUAUUGCACAAUACAUUGCACUUUUUAAUAGUUUAUAGUUAGAUUAAUGUUGUGGAAUGUCCACAAGACAAGUUAGUUCCUAAAUCCAUUGUUCAUGUUAGAGCUUGAAUUACUGUGCUGUGCGGUUAUACAUAAAUAAUACAUGCCUUCUGACCAAUCAGAUUUGAGAAUUAAAUCCUGCUGUGGUAUAAUUUUAUAUUACAGCAGGGCUCUGAAAGUUGUCUCAUAUUCCACAGCAUUAAAUUGUCAUUACAUGUCAUUGAUUAAUGCAUUAAAAAUUGUAAUUUAAAUUUAAAAUUGAAAUUGUUAGAGUUGUUGUAGUAUAAGAGGAAUAAAACAUGUUUAUAAAGGACAUUUCGUGUCCAGCUGGGUCACACCACCCCAGCGUGAAACUUAUUUUCCUAAAACAGCAUGCUGUGUUCUGUUUUAUUCCAUACGAACUGUCCUCAAAGACAUAAAUUAUGCCUUGGACCAAGAAAGAACACUAUAGAUAUGCCAAACUAAAAAUGAGUAUAGAUACAAGAUCAAUUUAGCUGAUUAGCUGACUACUUUUUAAUUGAAUUUAAUUUAAUUAAAUAUCCAACUGGAUAGUGUGAUGCCACCCAUAUUACCAUGUAUAUGUGCAUCCGCAAACAAGGCAGUAGCUAAUAAAAUAGUGCUUAUACACUCACCAUGCACUUUACUAGGAACACACGUACACCUAUUCAUUUAUGCAAUUAUUUAAUCAGCCAAUUGUGUUGCAUUAGUGCAAUGCAUAAAAUCAUGCAGCUUCAGGUAAUGUUCACAUCAACCAUCAGAAUGGGGAGAAAAUGUGAUCUCAGUUUGACUGUGGCAUAAUUGUUGGUUCCAGUCAGGCUGGUUUGAAUAUUUCUAUAACUGCCGAUCUGCUGGGAUUUUCACGCACAACAGGCUCUACAGUUUACUCAGAAUGGUGUUAAAAACAAAAAACAUCAAGUGAGUGACCAUUCUGUGGGUGGAAACGCCUUGUUGAGUGAGGUCAGAGGAAAAUGGCCAUAUUGGUUCAAGCCAACAGGAAGGACUCAGUAACUCAAAUAAUCACUCUUUAAAACUGUGGUGAGCAAAAAAGCAUCUCAGAACACAAAACAUCAAACCUUGAGGUGGAUGGGCUACAACAGCAGAAGACCACGUCAAGUUCCACUCCUUUCAGCCAAGAACAGGAAGCUGAGGCUACAGUGGGCAAAGGUUCUCUAAAAUGCGACGGUUGAAGAUUAGGAAAAAAAUCGCCUGGUCUUUUUCCAGUCUUCAACUGUCAAGUUUCUGUGAUCCUGUGCCCACUGUAGCCUCAGAUUCUUGUUCUUGGCUGACAGUAACUCUUAAUCUGUAUCUGCAUGAUUGUAUACAUUCAAUCAUUCAAUCAUUGUGCUGCCAUACGAUUGGCUGAUUAGAUAAUUGCAUGAAUGAGUAGAUGUAUAGGUGUUCCUACUAAAGUGCUCGAUGAGUGUAUAACCAUAUUACGCUAACUGUUAGCUAAAAUUGGUGCUUUGGCUUAUGGUUGCUAGCUAUCUGGAGCACCAGAUUGUUGGUGAAGUAUCUAUUGCUGAAAAUAUAGGUAAAUAUUGGUUAAAAUAUUUCAGAGAAAACAGCUUGUAAAAAUUUGAUUACAGCAAAUUAUGUGAUUUAUAUUUAAUUAUAUUAUUGUUGUAUGCACAGGCUUGGGCUUCAUCUAAUCAGUUCAAAUCAAUGAAUGGUGCAUAGCUACGAGUCAGUGAACUUGUAGGUCCAGUGUAUGUUUUCCCCCUUGUUAUUUGUAUUUGUCACAUCUGAAGAUGAAUGAAUGAAUAAAUCUCGUAAUUUUGUUCAAUACUUUUGGCACAUAAUCUAACAGAACUGGAUACACUUUAUCAAUGUGUACUGUAUAUUAAUACACAAUAUCUCAGUUUAUUUACAUCGCCAAGGUUUUGUUUCUCAGUGCAUUUCCUUCAAACGUGCCUGUUUUUUUUUUUUUUUUUUUUUUUUUUUGUUAUGUUAUGUUAUGCUGGCCUAGCUGAUUUGUCCAAAGGCUGGAUUCUGCUGGUAGACAUCUUUUUUCGGUACCUCUCUGCUCUGCGUCUCUUCAGAAUGCUCUUGGUGAGUGUGUGUGUGUGUGUGUGUGUGUGCAUACUACAUACAGUACAGUUUUGGAUAAUGACUGUUUAUGCCUUGAAAUUCAACUAAAUUUCCAAACUAGCUUUUGCAUAAAGGUUGACCAAAAUUAACUGCAGCAUAGCAGUGUCAAUGUUUUCUGCUUUCAUGUUACAGGAAAGAAAAAAUAACUCUUUGCCAUGUCUCACAUUGAAUUUGUUCUGCUUUGUAUUAUAUGAACAUAGUACAUUUCGAAAUACCUUUGUGUGUUGAUGUAGAAGGACAAAAAUAUGUAAAAUAUUA